AUGAAUUCUCUACCACCCGAAGUUCAACUUGAUGUCUUAAAAUGUCUUGAUUUCGAUCAAAUAUUCUCAUUUAAACAAACCAAUUUUUACUUCAAUAAUUUAAUUAAGAAAUAUGAGGGGGGAUUGGCGAGAAAAAAAUUUUAUGGACUCUUAAUUGCUUAUGACAAUACUUACGGUCUUCAGGAGCUAGAAUUACAUAAAAUAAUUGAACUUGAAUCCGGACUUUUUGAAUUUAAUUUGACUGAUCCACUCAAGAAAAAAUGGAAAACAGCGAUAGCUGAAUCAAUUCCUUUGUAUUUUCAUGGUUCUGAUACUUGCAAAAAUGUUAUACUUACGAGUAUAUUUAAAAAAGGUGAUGAUAAUUUAUAUGGGCAGAUUAUAUGUUAG